UGAUAAUAAUGAUUAGACUGAAUCCUCAUCCAUCUCUCUCCACAAGGGGAACCCAUUUUUACGCAGAGAUACAGCAAGUUGAACAAAAGCCGCACAAUCCUUAAAUUAAUAGGGUGAGUCUUAUUUUUCCACGGUGAUGGACAAGGUUGUGGAGGAGGUUGAAAAGGUGAAGAAGGAAUGGGAUGAAACAUACAAGAAAACGCAAGAGCACAUUGAGGCAAUCGCAGACUACGGCAAAUCAGCAAGAGCAAAAGAGGAGAAUAAUUCUCUUGCCAGAUUGAAUGGAAUCGCUCAGGAUGGCUUGGCUCUCCUUUCUUCCUUCCUCUUCACCCUCGAUCUUCUCGCUCCUCAGUUGCCCUCUGAGCCAGAGGUCCAAUCCACUCGUGCCUUGCUUCAAUCUUCCAAAACCCUAACUCAAAAUUUGCGGUUAAAUCUGCGGAAUGCCAAUCUGCAGGCGAAGGCUAACUUGAGGAAAGCUGCUCAGGAGGAGAGAGAACUACUUCUAGGUGGCGGAGAAGAGUCCACAGUCCGCAGACGCAAUUUACAGACAAAAGCAGGAAUGACAUCCGCUGCAGAGAGCAUCACGGAAAGCCUUCGUCGUACUCGUCAAUUGAUGGUUCAGGAGGUUGAAAGAAACACAAGCACACUUAUGACUCUUGAUGAGUCAACUGGUGUGUUAAAAAAGGCUGAAAGUGAAUAUAAAGGGCACCGCUCGUUGUUGAUGAGAACACGAAAUCUCCUCUCCACAAUGCAACGUCAAGAUGUCAUAGACAGGGUAAUAAUCGGGGUUGGUUUUUUGUUGUUCUCCCUUGCUGUUUUUUAUGUUGUUUCCAAGCGAAUUGGACUACUUACGUUGCAAAGAAAGGUUACUGAGGCCAUAAAAGCUGGUAUGGUGGGACAGGCAGAGCUAAGGCCCCAAGCUGUUGCAGAUGACGUGAAUCUUCAUCAAGUCAGAGGCAAUCGUGUUCCUAAUAAUGCAGAGGCUCCUUUAGAACAAAGAAUCCAUGAUGAACUAUGAUGCAUUUCUAAGCAAUACUAUCAUGUUAUGUGUGUUUAUAACACAACUCUUCUAAUUCCUUUAAAAGUAACGAAAGUAAAAAGUAUUUUGCUAUCUUGAGAGUUCGAAAAGCAUUUAAUACUACCUUUUUGAGAAUUAUUGGCUGAUCUGUUAUAAUGAAUUAAAAAUUCUUUCUGUA